AUGCAAAAUCAAAAUAACGUCGACGACAAAAAAUACAGAAAACCAUUGAUGGAGAAGAAAAGAAGAGCUAGAAUAAACGACAGUCUCGAAAAUUUGAAACAAAUAUUAUUAGAGUGCGAUCCACAAAGUGUUGGAAAGAAAAGUGCUAAGCUGGAAAAGGCGGACAUUCUGGAAAUGACUGUAAGUUACCUUCAAACUAUAAGAAAAACACCUGCUCCUAAUAGUUAUUAUCAAUCAACUAACUACGGGAAUUGCUCAACGAAUAAAUACAGUAGCAACAGUUAUGUAACUGUCGCCUCUAAAACCGGUAAUGUCGGUCAAUAUUGCUACGGUGGUAGUUCGACUAGUUCGUAUUAUUCAAAAAAUCAAUCUACACAGAAAGCGGACAAAAGCGGAUUGUGGAGACCUUGGUAA